GCCCGCGGGCCGAUGGCGGCGGCGGGGCGGGCGGGGCGCUGCGGGAGCGGGUAGGCGGCGGGGCUCGGCGGGGCGCCGCUCGGCAUGGCCCGCGCCCCGCUGGCGCUGCUGGCGCUGCUGGGCUGCGCCUGGCUGGGCCCGCGGCCGGCGCGCUGCCCGGAGGCGCCGCAGAGCCCCGACUGGCGGAUGACGCUCAAGACCAUCCGCAACGGCGUGCACAAGAUCGACCGGUACCUCAACGCGGCCCUCGACUUCCUGGGCGGCGAGGACGGGCUGUGCCAGUACAAGUGCAGCGACGGAUCAAAGCCCUUUCCUCGCUAUGGAUAUAAACCUUCACCACCAAAUGGUUGUGGAUCCCCUCUCUUUGGAGUCCAGUUUGACAUCGGUAUCCCUUUGAUGACGAAGUGCUGCAAUCACCACGACAGAUGCUACGAUACUUGUGGCAAUGAAAAAAAUGAUUGUGAUGAGCAGUUUCAGUCUUGCCUCUCCAAAAUUUGCAGAGAUGUGCAGAAAACACUUGGUAUCUCAGAGAGUGUCCAGGCUUGUGAAUCCACUGUUCAGCUGUUGUUCGAUGCAGUUAUACAUUUAGGAUGUAAACCAUACCUGGACAGCCAGAGAGCUGCAUGUAUGUGUCGUUACGAGGAUAAGACAGAUCUCUGAAAGAAGAUACCGAGAUCUCAUGGUGUAGAAUAAACUCAAGGACUCAGCUGGAAUGAAGCAAGUGGUUGGUUACAAAGCUUUUUGCUUUUCAGACAGUAAUAUAUUAAACACUGACAUGAAUAUACUAGUUUGAAAGUCACUAUAAUAUUCUUCCUAAUGUAAAAAAGAAACAAGUCUUCCUUCUCUUCGCCUUUACACCAGAAGCCUGGAAACCGAAAUCAGUUUCUUUUGGUGUACAUAUGCUCAGGGUAUGCUCCUGUGAAACACUGGUGCCAUUGGAAAGUUUUUAAGAGAACUCCAUAGUGGGGAAAUUGGAGGCACAGAAGAAUCGUAUUGAAUUCUCAGAUGAUUUUUACUAUAGGUCAAAUUUUAGGUUUGCUAGCAGUCAAAGCAUUUGAUAGAUCCAACAGGAAGGAGAGGUUUAUGUGUAUUAAUGUGACAUCUUAAAUAGCCAACACUUCGAUGCUUUUGGUAGCUUUGCCUUCAGUUCUCCAUGAUAUAUCCUGCCCCCUGGGUCUGCUUUUGAAAGAACAAAAACAAACAAAGCCUCAAGCUCUUAGCAAGGAUAUAUAUCUGCACUAUGUAUUUCUACAUGAUUCUAUAUCAACCGUACUUCUGCAGUGCUUUUCAGAUCAAAUAUAUUGAUCCUUCUAAGGCUUGACCACUAAAAUGAGCAGUUUGCAACCUAAGGAUAUACUUUUGAUUUGAAAAAAAUGGUGGAAUGUACUUGCUAUGUUAUUCUAAAAAUGAAUCAAAUGUUUAUUUUUCAAAUAAAACCUUUCGUGUUGUGUAUUAUAUGCAUAGAAAGGAUAUAUUGUUCAAUUAAAUUGAUUUAUAUUUGUCUUGUGGCACAACUUGGUCACCGUAUUCACCUUUGCUUUCAUUUAGUCCACUCUGAUGAAAAGUGAAAGAAAGUUUCACAGAUAGGGUCAGUUUGCCCAACCACCUUUUUUAUUUAAAAUGCCCCUUGUGCGGCUGACAGAUAAUUGAGCCUGUACUUCUGUCAUUUGUUCCCUCUCUUGAGUUCUCCAGCUGAAAUCACCCAAUGUCUGAAUGAUUUGGGGUUUGUUCUCUGUACAGAUCUUUCAUUGCUCAUCUUCAGCUGUCAAACCUUACUUAACUUCUACAUUAGGUCCUGUGUCAAAAGAUUUUUAUUUGCUCUCCUGGAGCCCUGAUUCUGCCUUAGAAACUUACAGGAGAACUGAAAAUUAAAAUAUUACAUCUAUGAACAGGGAGUGGAAACCACGCUAAAAGCCUAAAAUUUAACAGACUCAUGGACUAUAAUGUGAUUUCUUUUAUGGAAGUACUUUUAUGUGUUUUUUCUUUACCAGUUGUUUGUGGUAUUUUUGUUCUGUUUUUCACUAAAGCUUAUUGUACAUGACACUGAAUCUAAGUGCCUCAUAGAAUAAAGUUACCGUUAAAGUUC